AUGCCAACAGAAAACGAAUCUCAUCACCGCCAUCAUGGAUUGAGAAAUAUAUUCAAAAAGGAACAUAGUCCUGGGUCUAACUCAGAUUCUGGGAAAGAAUCGGUACAUGGGUCGCAUGUUGGGUUAUCGAAGCUUUUUCACCAUAAUGGAGAUUCAAAGGCCGAAGUGCCUAGUGGGUCCAGCGGAGGGCGAAUUUCGAGAACCCCGUCGGUUCUAUCGAUGAGGAGACAUAAUUCGAAUAUGACAAGGACGAAUAGCAACAUUGAAAACGAGAAGACCCCUAAGAAGUUAUCGAAGGCCGAAACGAUGGCACAUCUUCAGCAGAUCAACAAGAAUAAUGCUGCCAGAAGUGUACGACUGACAAACGAAUUGAGGUCGGGGGCACCGGCUACAGGAGCCCGUGGGGGUGGAUUAGCCAUCACCCCAAACGCUAACCACCUGCAUCACGAGAAGAUAAAGUAUAAUCCGUUUGGAGUUAAUAAAAGUCCUUCGGCAGAACAUCCAAGUACCAGUUUUUACUUGUCGGGAGGGCCUGAUGCUAACCGAGUGUUGAACAAUCCUGUGGCCGAUCCUAAUGACUUUUUGCCGGAUGAAUUGAAGCAAGAGCACGUCAAUCUUUUGGAAGAUUUUGAAAUCGAUAUGCAGAACAAGAAGUUGGGAGAUGGAGGAUCGUCGGAUGUACGUAUAAUCAAUGCGGCCCAUAAUAAAAAGAAUGUUUAUGCCUUGAAGAAGUUCACAUUGCUCGACAAGGAGAGUGACGAUGAUUUCUAUAAGCGGGCAAUAAAGGAAUACAUUAUUUCUAAGAAAGCAAGCAAUAGCAGACAUGUGGUCAACACCAUAAUGAUGGUGAGGAUCCAAUCCCAAGCAAAUUUAACCAGGGGAUGGGGUAUCAUCUUGGAAUUAUGUAAAGGUGGUGAUCUAUUCAACGCCAUAAUAAAGCUGGGCUGGAAAAGCUCGCCAUUGAACGAAAAAUACUGUAUUUUCAAACAAAUAGCACACGGGGUUAAAUAUUUACAUGAAUUGGGCAUAGCCCAUAAGGAUCUAAAACCAGAAAAUGUCUUAAUUGAUGGUAGAGGAAUUGCCAAAUUAUGUGAUUUCGGCGUUAGUGGCUAUGGUAAUGAAAUUAAAGGAGAUACGUCGUCACCGAUUAAACUAUCUACUGCAUAUGUUGGUUCACCACCAUAUUCUCCCCCAGAAGUCAUGAAAUUAAAGGAUGUGAAUGGUAGUGAUGUCAAAAAUUGGGCAUAUGACCCGUAUAAGAUGGAUUGCUGGGGUUUAGGAAUGUUACUUUUUUGUAUUGUUUAUCGUGGUGUCCCAUUUUCAUCUGCAUCUCCUAAUGAACAUGCUUACAGAGACUACAAAUUUAAUCACAGUCGUUAUGCAGGAGAUCAUCCUAACUUUAAAACUAACCAAGAAGUUACAAAGGGUCCUGGAAGUGAGUUUAAAUGGGCACUGCAAUUUCACUCCUCCGGUGCAGCUAGAGUUGCUUGGAAGCUAUGUGACCCGUCAGUCUCCAAUAGAUACACUAUGGAUUUAUUAUUCGCAGACCCCUGGUUCACUGAAUUGGAAAUGUGCAUUUAUGAACAUCCUGACCAAGAUGUGAAUCCUAUUGUUUCGCCACCAAAUUCUUCAAAUCCAUCAUCGGGGCAGACUUCCCGUGCACCUUCACGUAAGGCAACAAUUGGUUCAAAUUAUGACAGUGAUGAACUCCAUUCAUCAUUUAGAAGUAUGUUAGAUUUGGGCGGUCAAAGUAAUGAUACCAGUCCAAACGUAAACCAAAAUGCAAAGUUUAAUCAUGAAGAUGAUUACCGUGACAGAGAUGAUGGCUCGAUUCACUCAACUUCUUCAAUUACCCACACUCCUUUGAAACUUCACAGAGGCGAUAGAGCGAAUUCAUACGAUCGUAUAGAAAAUCAAGAAGGGUUUGAAGGUAUGGAUAACGACACAUCAUCAGAGUAUUCAAAUUCAAAAAGAUCGAUGCUAGAUCCAUUGGAUGAGCCCGCUCUCAAAGAUUCGCAACAACUAUCGAGUGCUAACUUGCCGGCAUUGAAAGAGGAUGAAGUAGAAACAUUUGAUAACGUAAGUAAACCACAAGAGAAUAUGUCUACAGCUUCAUCGAUUCUGUCGUCAACUCGGAAGGGUUCCGGAGAGCCGCUCGUCCCCAAUGAAAGUGAGAGCUGUGACGAUGCUGCACCUAAAAAGAAAUCGCUUCCUAAUCUACAUGAAAAGACCUUAAAAAAUAGUCCAGACUUACAUAUAGAUACCAAUGGCAUAUGUGAGCUAGGUUAUAAGAUUAAAAAGCAUCAUCAUGUGGGAAUAAGUAAUUUUACUGUUUCUGGAUCAUUAUCUAGAAAACGAUAA